AUGGAAGAAACGCGCAGAAAGAUUCCAGUGAUUAAGAAAACAUUGAUUGAUCAAAGCGUCAAAACAGGUGAUAUGGCUAACUUUGAAGUUUCUAUCGAGCCGAACGAAGUUUCCGUGCAGUGGUACAGUAACCAAAAGCAACUGUCUGAAGAAAUGCCAGGUGUAAAAAUUUCAUGCCAAAAUUUCGACUUCAAGCUAACUGUUGAUUCGGCUCAAUAUGCUGGAAUUAUUACCUUCAAAGCAUCAAAUGAAGCUGGUACUACAGAAGCUAGCGCAAAUUUGACUGCCAUUCCGGAAAAAAUCAUCUAUAAACCUCCGGAGUUUUCGAACACUCUAAGCGACAUUUCGGUUACUGAAAAAGACAAAGUGGAAGUGACGAUUGAAUCAACCGGUAAAGCAGUCUUUGAAUGGGCGCUGAACGACAAGAUUCUACAGAGUGGUGUGGAUAACAUCACAAUCCGAAAUGAAGAGAGCAAGAGCAUCCUCAUAUUCAACGAAGUCACCAUGAAACAGGCCGGUAACAUCAAAGUAACAGCAACCAACGAAGGUGGACAGGCAUCUUCGUCCUUCAAUAUGACCGUCAAAGAAGGUGCUGUCGCACCCGAAAUUAUUGAAGGUCAGUUUUUCUGA